UCGUCGCGAGGACGUUAUCCGUCACCACAACCUGCUCAUACCAUCAGCAGUGCCGUUGUUCGCGCGUGCCUUGGGGAAAGUGUGACUCAGGAAUCCCCGUUGGUUCAGGUCGACAAAACGUAUCAAAUUGGUGCUCGUCAUGGCGGGCGAAAGGGCGGGCCAAUGAGCGCGGGCGAGACAGAGCGUUGCGAGCGAGGCCAUGGCAGGCGGCUGCGAGCCUAUUUCCCGCUGAAGCAAGUCUUUUCUCGGGAAGCCCAGACCUUUUCCGCCUCUCCCCCUCCCCCGAGUGAUCGUAAGUGCAGGCCAGCGGGCGACAUGAGCGAGUGAGGGCGCGGGGGCGCGAGGAGAGAGACGCGGGCGGCGAGAGAUGAGCUGGGUCACGUGACCUUGCGCUGAAAAAUGGCGGCGGAGUUUGGGGAGGUUUGAAGGCGACGCGAGAGAUGUCAGUCGCGUUGGUUUGUUUGUGUUGACGCUGAUCAGGGACCAGCGCCCUCGCCACAGGUGCUCUCAGCCUCCGGACCGGCGAAAUGUCCGAGAGGAAGAGGAAGAGAGGGCGGCCGCGCUCCACUCCUAUGCUGAGUUAUGGGGCAGAGAUGAAGAUGAGAAAUAGCGUAACGAGAAUAAUUAAGAAGCCGAGAUACCUCUUAGAGCAGGAGGAGGACAGCAACCCCUCGAGGUCGUGCUCGCCCUCAAGGUAUGCCGAGGGCGGGGAGUUUCGCGGCGUCGGCGGCGCCCACGGCAAGAACAAGCGGGGAUACAACCCUGACAUCUACGACAAGGACUCGGAGUACCUGUAUGGCUCCGACUUCGAGGUGGAGGAGAUCUCGGAAAAGGAGGAGUACAGUGACUCCAGGAGCGUGAGUGACGAUGACAUAGACAUAGGGGAGCUGGAUGAGGACGAGGGACUGUCAGAUGGGGAGGCGUCCAUUUCCAGCUUCAGCACCAACGGGGGGACGCCCUCCAAAGUGCCCAGCUCACGACCCCAGACGCCCAUCCCCGUGUGGCUGCAGGACCGUGAUUACCCUCCCCUGGACCUGCCCGAGUCCUCCGAUGACCUGCUGCUGCCCCACGCCUACGUCCUGCGGGCCGUGAGCAUCUACGAGGUGCUGCGGCAUUUCCGCACGCUGGUGAGGCUCUCACCCGUGCGCUUUGAGGAUUUCUGUGCAGCUCUCAUGGCUGAGGAACAAAGCUCCCUGCUGGCCGAGGUGCACAUGAUGCUGCUGAAGGCCCUCAUUCGGGAGGAGGACUCUCAGCAGACUCAGUUCGGGCCCCUUGACCAGAAAGACUCCAUCAACGUCAUCCUCUACUUCAUUGACGCGCUGACCUGGCCAGAGACGCUCCGGCUGUACCUGCAGAGUGACUAUGAGUUCAGAGACACUCUCUCCAUUCUGGACAGUUGCGACUACCCGUACACAUCCCUCGAGAACAGGUUUGUCUGGCUGUGCGUUGUUUUUAGUGUCAGGGUCCGAGAAGGUCUAGGGUUUCGGCUUUGCUAGUUCACGGGAAAGCUCGUGGAAUCGUUGUAAGGAUUGUUCAGGUAGUGUAGGAAAUGUAACCUGCCAAGUAGCAUUCUAGUUUAUGAAAGUAGGUUCUCUAUGAUUUGUUUUUUCUGUUCUGUAGGAAGAAUUUGUUUAAUAAAUCCCCCCAAAAGUAUCCAUGUAUCUUAUAUGCCAUGUUAUACAUUUUUCUCACAGAGUAUGAAAAAAAAUAUUGAUGAUAGAUUGAAUUUCAACCAGCCAAUCCAAAAGCCAUAUUCUUUUGUCCAAGCUGUGAAUCUCAUUUAUCAUGAAAAUUUAAGUUUACCUACUGAAAUUGCAUGACAUGUAUCCAUAAGUUUUUGUUGCUAUCCUUGCUCUUGUAUUGUCGAGUGCGGAACCGAGCCCAGCUGUCCUACCAUAGGACAGGAGGCCUGAAGUCAUACUCUGACACUAGAGCUGUUGUUUACAUUGUGGUAAAUUACAUUAAAUAAAUAUCUAGAAGAUUGGCAGUGAUACCUAAAAUAGAUAUUUCUUGUAUAUGACAACCGGAUCUUGACAGUAUAUGAAAAUGAUAGAUUGAUGAAAUGCAAAAGAUUAAAUGUCAAUGACAUUUCUGUUACUAAUUGAAAAUAAAGACGUUACUUAAUACAGAAUUAUGAUAAUGGUAGCAUCUUCAGCCAUCAUCUUUCACUGAUUAUGUCUUAGUUUACAUGUACUUCAUGAAAAUGAGCCAUCUGUUUAGAUAAAACAAUUAUGUAUGUUCAGAACACCCAUAUAAAAGAAAUAAUUAAAAACUACAUGUAAAUCAACAGGCUAAUUAUCAGAAAGGACUUCCAUACUGUGUAAAUAUCAGGGGCUAUUUGAGGGUCAGCUAAUCUAUGUUGUAUUCUCAAAAAAAAAAAAAAAAAAAAA